AUGUCACCAUCGGCAACUAUGAACUCAUUCCCAAAUUUUAUUCGAGAGGCUGAGCAAUCUCCAAGACCUAUAGAUCAUGCCUUCCCUCCAUUCAAUCCGCAGCAUCAGUAUAGAGGAGUAUACGAAAGAGCAGGAUUCGAUGUCAAUAAAGGAUCAUCGCAUAAAGGUGGAACUUUCCAUUACAAUGGGUCGAGUAACCUGUUUGAUAAUCGAUCAGUUGGAUCUGGGAAACGAUCUGUGUCUCAACCAAUUGAUCGAAAGGAAAAUAGAUGGGUUUCUCUGGAAAACAACAGUAGCGGCACAGCUCUGUCGACUGAAAGCCUUUCAAAGCGUACCCACAAUCAACAACAGCAACAACGGCAACAACAACAACAACAACAACAACAACAACAACAACAAAGUAUAAAUCCUUACAAUGUAGGGCAAAGAUCAGCAUCUGCUUCAACGCCGCACAUUCACAAGUCCACUUCGCCUUCUUCAGAAUCAAGUAAUGUUCUGUCGAUGAACUCAAGUUUCACAAGAAGAAAUGGUACUGGUGAUAAAACAGAUAGCUCUGCUACCAAUACCACAUUUCACAACUCCUAUGAGCAACCAUUGCAAACUGCAAUGACGUCUUCAGAGACAUUCUUCAAUGAUAGAAACAAUUACGAUAACAAAUUGCUUGACGAUAAACACAAGGAUCGUGAAAUGCAAAGUCACAAUCAACAGAGCCAGGCAUUUGCUAGAGACUCUCAAAGAAACGAUCUUGUAGCGACAGACGAACUAAGACAAGGACAAGAAGAAGCAUCAAUUACUCAAGAUUCGAGGUCUUUUGCAAACUCUUCCAACACUGCUCGAAAGAAUGUGAAGAAUUUGACACUUGAUCUCAAUGGUAAUAGCAAUAACGAAGCUGCUGAUGCCCAACUUAACCCUCAUCAUGAAGAAAUAUCCAUGAGAGAUCGAGCAGCAUUAUCUAUGGACUCAAAGGUUAACUCUGAUCGCACCCAAAGCAUAAGUCAUUCGUCAGGAUCGGAACAUUACUUUGAUGUGUCCCUGAAUACAAAUGACCAGAUGUUAGAAAAUGACCCCAAUAGUAUCGAAAACUCCAUCCCUCUGAUCCCACAACAACAACAACAAAUACAACAGCAACAACAAAUACAACAGCAACAGCAACAACAACAACAGAGGAAAAAACCAUUUGACCCGCGAAAAGUAAGAAAACAACCACCUUCCCAACUGCAUGUAGAAAGCACUAUUCCCUCAUUUAAACUGUUGCAGCAACAGCAACAGCAACAGCAACCAAUCACGCCUCUGUUUCAAUCAACAAAAAAUUCGCAGAUGGAACAGCAUAGUGACUUAACGCCUCCCAACCAAGUAGACCAAACAAGCCAAGCAAAUCAAGGACGUCGCGGACUGUCAGGACAUCAUUCCCCAACGACAAGAGAAAUCCAACAACAAUACCAAAUGAAGAAACAAAUGGGUAAUCAACAGUUGAACUUUCAGCUUGGAACAGGAGGAGGACCACAACCGGGACAACAACAACAACAAGGUCGCUCACAGUACUCUAAUUAUAGUCCCUUCCGUCCAGGCUAUAAUAAUCCACGAAUGCAGAGACCAGGACUGCCUGGAUCGCAACACCAGGGUAGUGGCCCAAGACUUGGUCCGUACUCUCCAUUGCUGCCGAUGGGACCAGGUAAUCCAAUGUAUACAAUGUAUGGGCAUCAAGGACCUCAAGGACCUCGAGGACCUAUGGGACCACAAGGACCACAUGGACCAAAUGGACCGAUGCAAACGCCCCACAUGCCGCAAAUUCAAAUUACUGCACCAUCCUCAAAUCCUAGUGGACAAAAUUUCAAUCAGCACAAUGCACAAGCACAUUCUCGCCCACAGUUUGGCAAGCAGCAACAACCACGUCAACUUCCACAACAGUACCAGCAAGAUUUUAUGAGUUCAAAUAAUGCGUGUCCACCACGUCUGCAACAUAGGCCUCUCCCAUCUACAUUCAAACAAUCAAUACCACCUAUGUAUCAACACCAGCAUCAGCAACCACAUCAGCAACCACAUCAGCAACCACAUCAGCAACCACAUCAGCAACCACAUCAGCAACCACAUCAGCAACCCUAUCAGCAACAUCAUUACAAUCAACAGCAAGCUCCUCAUGGUAAUGUUAACCAGCAAGUGAUGCCUCCUCAUCAAACAUUUACAACACAAGGUCGUAAACAACCGAGGUACUCAGAAAUCAGAGAGGAUAAAUUAACCGGCGCAUUGGAUAAUUUACGAGAUGAUAUUGUGAACCACAAACUAGUAGAAACCGAAUUUUCAACCAAAGAAACACCGCCCGCAUUAUCAACUGCAUUACCAUCGGAAAUUCAAACAACUGGAUUUCAUGCACAUUCAGACAAUCUCCAGAACCAAGAUAAAAAAGAACAAAGUGGUGGUGAUGAUGAUGAUGAUGAUGAUGAUGAUGAUGAUGAUGAUGAUGAUGAUGAUGGUGAUGAUGAUGAUGAUUAUGGGCUCCAACUGGAUGAGAGGCGCUUAAAUCAGCAAAAUUUGGAACUUUUAAAUAUAGAGUCAAAACAUGAUAACAAUCGUGUGAGUCAGAUCUCAAUGGUGAGCUCCAUUUUGUCGAAAACCUCAUCCUACGGAGACGAUGAUGAAGAAAAAGUAGAGGAAAGAUUGGAAAAUCAAUUAAGAAGCAUCAAAGGAGGUGCAGGCAGUAGUUUCGACCAAUUGAAAUCGCAUUUGUCUCAAUCUGAGCCUGCUUCUCCUGCUCAAAGUCAUAGUGAAGCCGGAGAUUUGGUUGCCAAAAAACCUCAAAUCCCAAUUCCACAAUUUACAGUUCAUGACGUAGAUUACGAGAAUAACAACAGUAGCAUUUAUGGUAACAACAACAACGUUAACGAUCAUUAUAAUAACAUUACCGACACUAACAAUACUAUCAAUGGAAUCUGCAGAGAAGAGCAAGUGUCACGAGAUGCAAAGUCGGUUCAUUCGAGGGAUAGCAAUGCUGAUGAAAUGUCUAUUGCCUCGAUCGAAUCCAUUAAACCACUUACCGUGGUGCAUUCCAGUACUUCACCAACACGCACUAAAAUAGAAGGUGAAGGUGAAGAUGUAGGUUCCAGUGUUGGUAAUGGUGCUGGCGAUGGUGCUGGCGAUGGUAAACUUGCAGACGUCCAGAGAUCGUCACACGAGACUAUAAGGUCUAGUGUCACUCGCAAGGACUCUGUUGAAUUUACUAACCUCAUUAAGGAAUUGGACACUAUCGAAUCAGAGAUGAAAUUGGAUAGUCAAGGUAGUCCGUACCUUGACGAGGAGGCGGAGGAGGACGACGUCACCAACGUUUCAAAUGUAGAUACCUUGGACAAUAGUGCUGAUAAAACAAUGCAUGUACCACUAAAGUUUGAACAAAAACAUUUACCAGGCACAGGCCCUUGUCGAACAUGUAAAGGCACGGUUGACCACGAUGCAAAAGCAUCUUUAAAACCGGUUUUUUCCAAAACUGGUGAACUUUCUGGGCAAUGGCACCGUGGAUGUUUUGAGUGUUUUGAACCUGAAUGUACAGUUCAUUUCAAUAAGUCUGUACAAUGUUAUAUUUAUGAAGAUAACCCAUACUGUUUCCAUCAUUAUAGUGAGGUAAACGGAACAAUUUGCAACAAGUGCCGAAAAGGUAUUGAAGGUACUUGUAUUCAGAAUGAUGUGAAAGAGAUGUGGCACAUAGAUUGCUUGAGUUGUGAAUGGUGUCAUUGCCAAAUUGGUACAAGCGGGGCAGAAGAUUAUUACAUUUUUGAAGGUAAAGUGAUGUGUCCUGCUGAUGCACAAAGAAUUAUGGAAGGACGUCAAUAUAGUAAUGGUAAUUAUGGUGGUGAUGAAAUGAUGAGUAAAUUUGAAAAAAGAAGAACAAGGAUGUUUCAUGCAUAA